AUGAAUGUCUUCAGAACCCCUUUACACAUAUUUGCAAUCUUGCCCGUAAUGAAUAUGCCAUGGCCAGCCGAGCCCAUAAAGGGCUGGCCCCGCGUGGCCGCCCCGCCUGGCCCCAACCAUCCCAGCGGAGUGCCCUCUGCCCCCACCAGCAACCGCCAUCCAUCUUCCGCCUUCCCCGGAAACCCGCCGGAUCCUGCCGCGAUGCCUUCCAACGCCACCUCAGCCACCAGCUGCAGCAUCUACCCCGUCGACCAUCCAUCCCUGCCCGCCGGACUGCCCUGCCACGAGUACAAGCACCAUACCAUGAAGUCCACCAUCACCGGCGCAAUCCAGGAGAUCGUCAUCAUCGAAUCCAGCCAGGGCACCUCCUUCGAAAUCAGCCUUGACAUCAAGCCCACUGCCUACGCUGCCCUCCACCAACACACCGACCACCCCGCUGCCAACUCGGCGCCGCUCAAGGAGGAUGACUAUCUCAUCUACGUCCUGCUCGACGGCAUCAACGCCCAGCGCUCAAAGAGGCACCGCGCCCAACGCAACCCAACCAGGAUAUCCGGCGUCUACGCCCAAGACCGCUCCUCCUCGCGCUCCUUCCAGUUUGGCACCAUCCAGCUCGUCGACCCCGAUGACCAUCCAGCUACCGCCGAGAACCCAGCCGACCGGAUCUGCGAGGACGAGAAGAUCAUCCAGGCUCUCGGUACCAUCCAGGUGAACAUCGUCAGAUGUACGCUCGGCGCCCCUCAGCCGGUCCCCCGCCGUUCCCUGAAGGUUAACAACUCCCAUCGACCCAACCCGAACCAGCGAUGUUCCUCCAACCUCCGAACCACUAACCAGAUGAAAUUCUCCGAACGUAGUAAGAAGGCCUGUCAGCUCAACACUGCUGGCCUCAGUCAACCAAUGCCUAUCACCCAUGGCGGGCGUGGUGGGGGCGGAGCGCCCUUCUCGGGUAAGAAAACUAUCCGACCGGUCGUUCGUGAAGACCCUCACCCAUUCCUUCAGUUCGUAUUCAAGUAUAAACCCAGAGCGAUUCUCGAGGCCGAAGGGAUCAUUGCCCCUCCACCACCCCCACCCCCAUCGCCCCCAUGUCAUUCGUCAGCAGGCAAGUUAAAAAAAUCCACCACCCUCAGAUCCUCCUCGAAGCAUUCUACGCCUACCAAACCAGGCCUUUCUGGUCAACACGAUUUUCAAUCCAACUCCGAGCUCCACAGAUCUUCCCUCAAUCCGAACGCCUCAGCGGCCAAUGAUCCCGAUGAAAAGAAACCGAAAGUGCAGGCGAAACCGAUCUACAUAGACAUUGACUCGGAUUUAGAAUCGAUUUCGGGGACAAAGGACGGCAAAAAACCUAUGCAAAGGACUGCCAGCAACUCGACAAAUGGCGGUUUCCUCCCGAAGCCCGAGUCACGUGAUCACGAUAAUAACACUCGUAACACCCAAGGCAAUUCGGCCGACGACUCUAAGAAACGGGCUAGAUCGAUUACCGCCGAUGUCAAGCCGAGAAGCAAAAAGGUCUCCCUCGGCGACGGCAACGCUUCUGCCAGCCGGGCUAAUAGGCACAACGAGCCAAGUCAAGUGCCCAAAGCCGAGAUCAAGGAAAACAUCCGCACUCAUGCUCAACCGCCGAACACGACGACGACGGCAACGCCGACGAACACUUCGAACGGAGGUACCAAUCAAUAUAGACAAAACAUUAGUCCCUAUGCGGAGGAUAGCUCAGACGACGACGACAAGUUCAAGAGCAAGAUCCUUGUCCCCGCCCCUGGCUCUAUGAGCCACUCGACCAGGCUCGCCAUCCCUAAUGACCACCAACUCAAGGAAGAGGCCAAGAAACCAUCACCCCAGUCACUCAACCAUCUCAACAACAGGCUCAACCACGUCCAUCGGCCUGCUCCUGCCGCCUCUCAUCAGCAGGGCUCGAACUUCUUCGACUUGACUGGGACCGACGACGAGAGCGACUAG